GUGAUGUCAGUCCGGCCCACUCCUGUUCAGUACAAAUGCAGCAGCUGAGUCUGCAUGCCGCUGCUGCUGAUCUGAUCCCACACCUACACAAAGACACACACUCAUCACACAACACUCAACCAGAGCUGGGAGAUGCUACCGGCUGGCAACCACUGACAGCAACCUUCACUGCCCAGUCGAUCCGAACACGCUGCACCUGCACCUCCACCUCCAGAGAGCUCCUGCAGCACUUCACCAAGGACACCACAGUGACCUCCAGCAGCUAAAGACUGUACCUGAUCCCACAUCCUUCAAAGAAAAGGCAACCUGACUCUGAGCAGAGCAGGGAAAAAGGAGCGAUCAUCCCACUGCUGAAACCUGACCCACUGGACUGAAGGCAGAGGGGCUGACGGUCAUCUCCAGCAGCAGCGGAAGAGAGGCAGGAUGCUGGCUAAAAUCCUGGAGGACAUGUGGGUGGAGCCGGAGGUGCUGGAGGCCCUCAGCGAGGAGCAGAAGAGGAUCCUCUUCCUGAAGAUGAGGGAGGAGCAGGUCCGCCGCUGGAAGGAGCAGGAGGAGAAGGAGGAGAGGGAAGGACUGGACAACGCCAGGCCCAAGAAAGCUUCCAGUAAACAUGUGAGCUGGCUUCUCGGUCGGGACGGCGAUGUGAGCGUCAUCGUAAUCGGAGAGAUGGACGAGUUCAGGUCCUCCAAACUCUUCCAGGGCCUCAUGAACAACAGACUCCGCAGUGAUAAUAUGAAUGGCAUCCAGACAGCCGAGUUGCUGCCAGGCAGAGAGGCCCAGCAGCUCGGCUUUAAAGAAGACGUCCAGCUGCCCCUCGCAGAUGUUAGUGAUGACCCAUCUACGCCGACCGACCAAUCGUCCGAGGAGGACCUGGACUCCAGCAGCGUUGACGAUGACCUGAAGGACCCCGCCGAGGACAGCGACAGCGAAUCAGGCAGCAGCUCGGACAACCUCAGCGACUGGGUUCCUCUCUACAGGCCCCAUCUUAGUAGCCAUGGCAACGAGCCGCUCAAAGCCCAGCUGUCAGACACAGGGAGGACUGGUGCUCAGGACAGAGAAAUUGUGUUUUGCAAAAAGAAGCCAGAAGGUCGUGUGGCUCGGCUCAGGAAAGCCUUCACAGAUGAUCUCCACAACACAUCACCGGCCUGCAACAAACCGCCUCUACCUGCCAAACCUGCUCACCUGCAGAACAGACGCACAUCACUGAUCCAUUAGGACUCGCUACAAGACAACACUUGAUCCCAGAGAGCCUCCAGCAUGAGGCCUGUGCAGGAAUAACAGCUCAGUCGUUCAGCGACGGACCUGAAAGAAACGCAUCCUCACAUGAACCCGAGCUGUGAACUAAAACACACUUUAUUAGAGCUCGUUUCAAAGUCCGACCCACAGACAGAGAGACGUCUGGGCGCUGCAGUGAGACAAAGACUUGAAAGCUUUUGAGCUGAAGUCAACCUGAAUGAUAAAACUAAGCAGCUUUGAUGUCCAGUUGAAAUUAAAGUUCAAAUACGCUCACAUAGCGUCUGUGAUUGACGGACAGACACCAGAGCGAGGUGUCCAGAGAAACACAGACACACACAGACUAUUGACUACAGGUGAGAAACACUGGUUUUCUCACUGAGACGUCAAAAGCAGAAGUUGUUGGGAACUGAAAAAGCAAGAAAAACCACUUUUAUUUUCUUCUCUACUGAUCCAAACUGUUUUUAUUGUAGUGCCUGUCUGUGAACUGUUUGACACCUCUAACCUUCAGUGGACAUAAUCAUCCUCCAGCUGCUGUAGGAAUCUGGGGGAUAAAAUCAAAGGAAUUAUUUAAUGUUACAUGAUAAACAGAGUAAAUAUACUGCAUGUCGUACCUUUAUUUAUAUUGAUUGUAAGACACUGAACAUCGCUCACACACUUGCUGACCUGCUCAUCAGGGUUUGGUUUCUUGUUCACUUUCACUUACUGCUGAUGGUUUAUGGUGUGGAGACAGAAUGAAGAAGAGUGUGGACAGCAGAGUUUUAUUUAUUUGUCUAAUCCAGCUCAUCGGAUUCAGCAGCACGAGGCUCGAGGGUCUGUCAGUCGGUUGAUCCAUCAUUUCUGUUAAACACGUCAACUUCUGUUAAAUAGACCACCAUCACGUUUUGUAAAGGCAGUCAUGGUCUCCAGAUGAUGAAUUAAAGAUGAUUCUGAAUCUUUUUUUUUUUACUGACUUUUCCUCCAGUGUCACCAGUUUUGGUGAACUAUUAAAUAGAUAAUGAUUUACAAUAACCUCUUUUCCAAAUACCUGUUAAUACUCUGCCUCUCAGCUGCAGUUUAUUCCAACUUUUAUUGUUUUAAUCAACAAAUAUUUGGAUGUUAACACGUGGAAGUAGAUUUCUGAAUGUAAUAAAUCACAGCUGUCAGUAAAUAACCAUUAGCAUUGUCAGUGUUAGCGUGCUGAUAGCAUAUCUGUUGACUCUUACUCCAAGUAGUUUAAUAAAUUAAAAUAUUGAAGUUAUCAUAUUUAAUUGACUUUGGAAAUGGCAUUUCUAAUUAUAAAACCUACAUUUAUUUAUUUCUUUGCAGAAUUUUCAGCUCCAUCUCACUAUUAUCUGUUAUCACAAGACCAGAACUCAAUAAAAAUGUGGAAUAAAUACAAUCAAAGACCUCCAUGGCAACUCUGCAAACGUCAUUUUUGCAAUGGUUUGUGCCCAAAAGCUAUGGGACUGAAGUAACUGUCCUUAAUAAUGAGUCAGUUGAAAAUCAUUUGCAUUCAGUCACUGCCUGGGGGUGUUUUCACAGCUAGCGUCUUCAGCUCUUGCUUGUGUUUGUGUUCACUCGUGAUCGGUUGUUCUGGGGUCAUUUGACAGGGUGAGUUAGGGUAAAUGACUCGACUUGGCAAGAAAUUAUUCUGCUUGUUUUGGGCCUUAAAACUCCGCUGCGUUUAGGCUCAUUGAACUGCUCUGUCACCACAUUAGAGGCACCGUGUGUAAAAAGAACUUGUAUGACUUCAGCCAGUCUGGAUUCGAGCUCCUUCAAACUCUCCUGCAGCUUUGAGCCAGCUUGUUAACCUCAUACCGUGCUGGAGUGCAGAUCUAAAACAAUUCAAUACACGCUCCUGGACAAAUGUUUAUAGACUCUACUGCAGCUUUAAAGGGAUAUCAGAUGCAAUAAGCUACAGAAAAACACACAAUCACAAUAUGUUACCGCAACGGUGCCUCAUUUUGAAGGUUUAAGGAGUGUUUGAGCUUAGUUACUACCUAACUAUUUGGUCACAUGUUCCUUUUACUUGGUCACUGAUUAAUUCCCAGAACUCUGCUCCUGCUUCUGCUGGUGCUGACUUUUGUAUUUUGUCUUCUAUUUGUAUUGUGUAUUUGCUUAAUGUCUGUUGUUGGUGUUAAAAAGAAAAAAAAAUUCCAACUAA